AUUUCCAAUUUUUACCGUUUUAAAUUCUUAGGAACGACGGGAGAUAACGAUACGGCGCGGGAAUACGUAACGCCUGAUAAGACCCUUUCCAAUCCUGGCUCCACUUUCACAUUACCUAGCAUUGGAUUCUCGGAUCGAUCCAACGAUCCAACGAUCCAAUGAUCCACCAGAAAAAAGUGAUGAUAGAGCUGUGAAACCAUAGACCGACGACAGCAAUCGUCGCAGCCAUGAUAAUAAGAGAUAUGGGCGUCCGCCAAGCCCGAAAGGCAUUGGCGGCCCCUCUGCGCCAGGCCUGUCUUCGUGCUCUCUCCACGCAACCCACGCUGCCGACAGCAGUCCCCGAUCUCACCACGGACCUGUCGUCUCUCCAAUCCUCCCCCAAUGCCAACCCUCAAACCCCCUCCCUAUUCAACGCCAAGAUCCGCGCUCCCACGCGCAAGAAGAAGCCCUCGGCCCCCGAUACCACGGUCGUGGAUUACAAGCUGGCGCAGGAGCUCAAGGCCUACAUCGGCAAGGUGGGCACCAAGGUCGAGCGCACGUACAGGCCCGCGGACGUCUUCCUGAACCCCCCCGGCCCCAAGGACGUCACGCUCGAGCUGCUGAUGGCGUCCCAGGCGCACAUGGGCCACCACGCCUCCCUGUGGAACCCGGCCAACGCCCGGUACAUCUACGGCAUCCGCCAGGGCAUCCAUAUCAUCUCGCUGGAGGAGACGGCCGCGCACCUGCGGCGGGCGGCGCGCGUGGUCGAGGAGGUCGCGUACCGCGGGGGCCUGAUCCUGUUCGUGGGCACGCGCCCCGGCCAGACGCAGAUCGUGACCCAGGCAGCCCGGCUCGCGCGCGCGUGCCACCUCUUCACCAAGUGGACGCCCGGGUCCAUCACCAACUCGGAGGUUAUUCUGAAUGGCAUGCCCAUGCAGAUGGUCGACGAGCUCGACGAGCCCGUCGAGGGCUUCCACCGCCACAUCAACGAGCACAGGCCCUUGGUCCCGGACUUGGUUGUGUGUCUGAACCCCAUGGAGAACUACGUCCUGCUGCACGAGUGCGCCCUCGUCAACGUCCCGACCAUCGGCGUCAUCGAUACCAAUGCCGAGCCGACGUGGGUUACCUAUGCUAUUCCCGCGAAUGAUGACAGUCUGAGAUGUCUAGCCGUCAUCGGCAGCGUGCUAGGCCGAGCGGGCCAGACGGGUCAAGAGCGGCGCAUCAGCGACGCCAAGAAGGGCAUCGUGACGUGGGAGACGCCGAGAGACAUCGUCAAGUUCAUGCAGCGGGAGAGGGAAAAGGCUGAGAACGAGGCCAGGGCCGCCGAGGCGUCGCGGCGACGUCCUUCCCUCUCCGAGGAGGACGAGGCCGGCAUCGAUACCGGCUUCCAGCAGAGCCGUACGAGGGGGGCCAGGUCGGAUCCGGAAUUGGAUUAAAACAGACUAACAACGGACUAACGGACCGUUAUUGGUGCGAGCAAAGUGGAGGCGGAGGCGGAGGGACACACCCCGCGGCAGAUAUACGUGUAAAUUACUGUUUGAGAAGUAAAUAAAUACA